UUCGGACUGCUUUAUGCCGAGGAUCGAUGUCAUCUGGGGGAGGGAUCUUCACGAUCAGUCCCGCAGUUCCCCCAGCUUUUGGCCCCGGAUAUUAACUCAAGGAGGAUUACUAUGUUUUACUAACCACAUGUGAUGAGUUUCCUUCAGUGGAGUUUUUAUAUAUUUCUUCAUCUGGGUUUGGCAUCAGCAAGAAACAUCGAUUCUAAUAAGCGUCCGCCAUGGCAGUUAUCACAGGGAAACAUGUCGAUCGCAGAGCACUCGAAGACACCACAAUGGUGAGCAACAAACAGGGACCAUGGUGGAAAGACACCGGUCUGCGCAAGCUGAACAUGAUGCUGUUUUUCCUCAUGUUCAGCGAGUUCACUCAAGGAUAUGAUGCGUCUUUAAUCAACAACGUACAGGAGCUGAGUGUCUGGCAAGAGGACUUCAACCACCCUCAUGGCAGUCUUCUGGGAGCCAUGAGUGCGAUGUACUGGAUAGGGAAUAUUGUCGGCGUUGUCUUCAUCUCCUUCAUCUCCGACAAGUUUGGUCGCAGAUACAGUCUUUUCUUUGGUGCAAUUUUGUGCCUUGCUGGCACGGGUAUGGCUACAGGUGCCUCCAGCUCUGGCCUCUUUAUUGCAGCCCGUUUGCUGCUAGGCAUGGGAGGCGUUGUUGUUGCUGCGAUCGGACCUGUGUGGAUGGGCGAGUUGGCUUAUCCUGACCAUCGAGCAACAGCAACUUCCAUGUCGAAUACUACAUAUAGUGGUGGGGCGAUUAUUGCAGCAUGGAUCACGUUUGGAUCUUUUCGACUCACAAAUGCAUGGGCAUGGCGCAUCCCAACCGUCUUCCAAGCACUUCCUUCCCUAAUCCAGCUCGUUGGAGCUGUAGUCCUCCCAGAAUCUCCCCGUUGGCUGAUCAGUCGAGGCCGCGACCAAGCCGCCCUGGCCAUCCUAGCCAAAUACCACGGCAACGGCGACGCCAACGACACCGUAGUUCGAUAUGAAUUCCAAGAGAUGAAAGAAACCAUCGAACUGGAGAUCGCCGCCAACAAAACCUCCUGGAAGGAACUCAUCAACACCCGCGGAAACCGAUGGCGCUCCUUUAUCUUGAUAUGGUGUGGAAUCUGCAAACAAUGGUCCGGCAAUGGCCUCAUAAGCUACUACCUCAGCAGCAUGCUCAAAUCCGCCGGAAUCACUCGCGAAGUCGACACCACUCUCAUCACCGCCACAAGUCAAAUGUUCAGUUUCGCCUGCGCUCUAGCAUUCGCAUUUCUCCCUGGCCGAGUGGGUCGUCGACCCCUCCUCCUCUGGUCCAUGGGACUCAUCUGGCUCGUCUUUGCACUCAUCACGGCUUGUACGGGCGUGUUCGUCGAAACAGGUAGUCGGUCUGCAUCGUACGCUACCGUUGCGUUUAUUUAUAUCUACAACGGGGUACAUAAUCUCGGUUGGACGGGUGCGAUGAUGCUAUACGUGGUUGAGAUUCUCCCCUACUCCAUCCGCGCAAAAGGCAUCGCGCUCUUCUGGCUCGUCACCGGUGCUACGGGGGCAUUCAACACCUAUGUAAAUCCAUUAGGGAUUGAUGCGUUUGCAUGGAAGUAUUAUUUCUUCUAUGUAGGGUGGAUUGUGGUGGAGUUUGUGGUGGUGUAUUUCUUCUUUAUUGAGACUAAAGGUCCGAGUUUGGAGCAGAUUGCUCUGCUGUUCGAUGGGAAGGAUGCGGUGGUUAGUCAAGCUAAUCCGGUGGCGGAGGAGUUUUUGGAUGAUCGGUUGAAGGAGAAGGAGAUGGAAGGGGGUGAGGCUAGGGAGAUUGAGGUCGCGAGGUAGUUGGUUACCUAUGGAUGGAUGAUAAGUAGUAUAGGUAUAUGAAUUUUAACUCGUUAUUCCUGGUAGUCGCUAUUAAAUCUAUUCUGAUCCACAAAUGACAAGUAACAGAAAGGAAUCAUCACCAUUGGCGCAUACUCAGCAGUGAUUCAUCACUACCCAUUCCGUAUGGGCAGGACAUGAGA